AUGACGACCUCGAGGAUGAUGAAAGCUGAAGAUGCAGGAGGAGAUUUGAGGGAAUUGGAAGACGCUGCUGCCGAGGUUGAUCUAUCAUUCGGCUACCAGGGCCAGCCCGCCGGGCUGCCAACAUUCUCCAGAAUGAUCUCCGUCGGCGGAAUCAUCAUGAACAAGGCACACGCACUCGCGCAACAUUUCAAGUACAAAAAAUCGGCAGCAUCUACCGACCGUCUCCGACGCGUUAAGGACGAAGCCUUCUAUGCUGCGAAGGAAAGCUCUGGCUUUUACGAUGCCUGA